AAUGAAAUGACUUUAAUUGAAAACCCAUCGACUUCCAAUAAUUCGAUUGGGUUAUUUAUCAAUGUUCCAAAACUAAAAAAAAUCAUUAAAAUUGACUUAAAAUUUGAGAUCCUAGAGGACAGUCAUAUUUUUAUGGAUCUCAUAAACAAGACAAGUGAUGAAAUGCCACUACACCUACAAUGAGAAGGGGAAUUCUGGAGGAGGAGGAGAAGGAAGAAACAACAACUACAACAGCAGCAACUACAUUAAAAAAAGAACUCCUGGAAGAAGAUACAACAAAAACAGCUACAUCAACAACUACAACCCCAACCAAUCUUUUUGAUUUUCAUAGCGAAAAUGAAAGUGUUGAUCAUAUAGAAAAUAAAACCAUAGGAGAAGAAAAAUCAGAAAAAAUUGAUAUGGGUAUAAUUGAUAGUGAGAGAGAAUUUGAAAAC